CUUUGUGUUUAAAAAAUGCACAAUGUUCACCCAAAGUUUAUACAUAGGUACUUAAUAAAUUGACUUCGCUCAAUCUGUAACUUUGUUCUCAAGAUUUCACGUUAAGGUGGAGGGCGGUAAGCGCAAAGCGCGCGGCGCGGGGUGAUGCCGGUGCGCAAGGGGCUGCUCGCGCCCCAGAACACAUUCCUCGAUACCAUCGCCACACGCUUCGAUGGCACACAUAGCAAUUUCGUGCUCGGCAACGCGCAAGUUCCAUCUUACCCCAUCGUGUACUGCUCCGAUGGGUUUUGCGAGCUGACAGGGUGGGCGAGGGCACACAUCAUGCAGAAAGGCUGUGCCUGCAAGUUUCUCCACGGGCCCGACACGCACGAAGAGCACCGCCAUGAGAUCGACACCGCUCUUGAUUCAAAGCACGAACUUAAGCUGGAACUCAUUUUUUAUAAAAAGAACGGUACACCGUUUUGGUGCUUACUCGAUAUCGUUCCAAUUAAAAAUGAAAAACGAGAAGUCGUUUUAUUCCUUGCCUCAUUCAAGAAUAUCACCAACACCAAGAUGGCCGCCAUGAACACUAAUGAGGAGUUCGACAGCGGAGCCGCAGUGCAGCCUUCGGCUGGCGUCGUCACUCUAGCGUUAUCCCCAUUUGUACCCGCAGCGGCACUUUUGGGCGCCCGGUUCCGAGCUGAAUCUAGUUGCCUACUUCCAGACCCGAAUGGCAAUCUUGACCCCGAAGCGCCCUCGCCCGCGAACAUGGGCAGGCGGCGCUCCAGGGCGGUACUUUACCAGCUUUCAGGACAUUAUAAACCAGAUAAAACGAAGAGUAAACUUAAACUCAACAACGUUAGCAAGAACCUCCUACAUUCAUCUGACCCUCCGUUGCCUGAGUACAAAACAUCAGCCAUAAAAAAGUCAAGAUUUAUUAUUUCACAUUACGGAAUUUUUAAAACCUUCUGGGACUGGCUUAUACUUAUAGCCACAUUUUACGUUGCUGUUGUGGUACCUUAUAAUGCAAGUUUUGUUGAUGAGGGCCAUCCAAGAAUUAGUGUGACCAGUGACGUUGUCGUAGAAGCACUUUUCAUUAUAGACAUUGUACUUAAUUUUCGAACGACAUUCGUAAGCAAAAAAGGAGAAGUAGUGUCAGAUUCAAAAUCGAUAGCUCUGAAUUACAUCCGAUCCUGGUUUGUCGUGGACCUCCUGGCCGCACUUCCGUUUGACCUACUUUACGCUUCGGAUGUAUACAGCGGGGCGGAGUCAACGCACGGAAAUGUUCAUCUCGUUAAACUAACUCGAUUAUUACGCCUUGCUCGACUGCUUCAAAAGAUGGACCGAUAUUCUCAAUAUUCCGCUCUUAUUCUGACUCUUUCAAUGUUAUCAUUCACUUUAGUCGCGCAUUGGUUGGCUUGUAUAUGGUUCAUUAUUGCGGAAAAGGAAAUGGAACAUCAUAAGAAUGAAACUUGGGAUUUGGGAUGGCUUAACAACCUAGCGGAGCGCCUGAAAGUGCCGAUUCUGAACAUUUCCCAUAGCGAGAGCUACGUCACGGCACUCUAUUUUACAUGUUCCUCGCUCACAAGCGUGGGCUUCGGGAACGUCUCUGCUAACACAUUGCCUGAAAAAGUUUUCAGUAUACUGACAAUGCUCGUCGGAGCCCUCAUGCACGCCGUGGUUUUUGGUAAUGUAACGGCCAUCAUACAAAGGAUGUACUCGCGUAGGUCGAUGUAUCAAAGCAAGUGGCGUGAUCUUAAAGAUUUCCUUACAAUUACCCAAGUACCAAAGGAGCUCAAGCAACGUAUGCAAGAUUACUUCCAGACAAUGUGGUCGCUCAACCAUGGCAUUGAUAUACACGAGACUCUCAAAGAAUUCCCAGAGGAGCUGAGAGGAGACGUUUCGUUACAUUUACACCGGGAGAUAUUAUCGCUUCCGAUAUUCGAGUCAGCUUCGCAGGGCUGCCUCAAGCUGCUCUCACUGCACAUUCGUAACAAUUUUUGCGCUCCUGGGGAAUAUCUCGUCCACAAAGGAGAUGCUCUCACUUAUAUUUAUUAUAUUUGCAACGGUUCAAUGGAGGUCAUGCAAAACGAUAUGGUUGUCGCUAUCCUUGGCAAGGGAGAUUUAGUGGGUUGUGAUAUGAAUACCCACCUACAGGCUUACAAUGGAACAGGCCCUGCCCAGCCUACUAAUCCCGAUGUGGUCGUCAAAUCAAGCAGUGACGUAAAGGCCUUAACUUACUGUGAUUUAAAAUGCAUAAAUAUGGGUGGGCUGGCAGAAGUUUUACGACUAUACCCAGAAUAUCAGCAAGAGUUCAUUCAUGAUAUACAGCACGACCUCACAUAUAAUUUACGUGAAGGCUAUGAGGCUGAACAGGAAUCUGAUGCAAAUGGACAUCCCUCAUUGACACUUCCCUCUAUUUCCGAAGACGAUGAAAAUGCCGCUGAAGAACAUGCUCUUUCACCUAAAAAAACAAUAUUGAGUUCUAAUAGUCCACGUCACAAAUUCAGAUCAGACGGCCAACAGCGCCUCUCACACAGAGAAUUACGAGAGAGAAUUGAAAGACAGCGGUCUGUAGCAACGCCAAAGAUUACACGGGCUGAUUCUUUGGAAGGUUUAAAUUUAGAACGACAUAACACUCGCUCGUCAGUUGAUAGGCUCGACACACAAGUAUCCAGUUUACAUCAUGAUGUUGCUGCACUUAGUAUGGAGGUUAGAAAUGCAAUUCAAGCUUUACAGGAAAUGGCAGGACCGGUGUGGCAUGCGGCUCAUUCAAAUCCUAACCUACAAUGGAACACUCCGCCGAAUCAAUUGGCUCGGAGUUGCAGUCAUCCUCCCGAUGUUUUCUGUUGGGAUCAGCAAGAGCGGCCGCUUAGUCCUGAACGACCGAAAAUAAAUCGGAGCACUCAGACGGAACCAUUCUUACACAGCGUAACACAAUAUAUAAUGGAACAUCCAGCAACAGUGAUGAUGCUCCUGGGCUUGGACUCGAUGGCGAAUUUGACACCCGUCAUGGCACCAACGGUAGAGUACUACGAUCCACGGAGCCGCCGCCCGAGCGGUCUAGAACAGAUAAUCGAAUCAGAAAAUGGAAGUCAAACUCCGUCCAGUGCGGCCAGUGAUAAAGCCGAAUCAAUACGGAGUCCGGGCGGAAGUAUACAGGAACUAGAUUUACAACCAGAAGUAAAAAGAUUGAUAGAUAAGGAUAAAUGUCCGACUUUAAAACGAAACAGGUACUCUACAAGUGAUCUUUGUGAAGUGACCGAACGAUUGCUACCAGCGAAAUCAUCGCAUCCGAGCACGUACAGUCUUAAAAAUAAUUUUAACAGUAAGUGAUUAUAAUUCCAAUCUGCUCAUUAGUCAGUAGUCUCGAGUGGACUCUGUGUUAGUAAUGUUACUUUUAAAUUUAAUAGGAUACAUGUUUGCUGCUUACAUUCUGUUACUAAGUGAUUGACGGAAAACUUCUUACACUAUCAACGAAUGACUUUUUAAUUGUUGUAAUUCUUCGCAUCUUACUUCGCAUUUUGUACAUAUCAAGUUACUUAUGUGUAAUGAUUUUUAGUUGGUUAUUAGUAAGUCAUUGUUUCUCUAGUCACGGGGUAGAAAAUAAGAAAUAUCCAAAACGAUUGCAUAUCUUCAAAAAAUAGGUCAUAUUAUACAGCUGCAAUGGCUCCAUUAUU